AUGUUAUUGGAUUUAUCUGCAUUCGAAAAUGCCACCGAGUCAAUUUUUGAUGGCAUUAGUGUCAAAACAAUUAAAUUUGACGAUGAUCAAAUGUUAAUAGAGCAAAUAAAUUCAAGAAAAUAUCAUCUCACAUAUUCAAAUAAUGUAGCUCUAAUUAUAAACAUACUUGAAAAAUAUGAUUUUCUCAAUAUUGUUACGAUAUUACCAAAAGUACUUCAAACAAAAUGUCACGGACUACUUGGAAAUAUGGAUGGUGAUAAAUUAAAUGAUUUGAUAUUUCCAAAUGGUACUUUGUUAUCGACAACAGAUAGUAAUGAAGAACGAAUAUUUGAAUUUGGUGAAUCAUGGCGAACGAUAUCGGCAAAUUCAUUAUUCUACUGUCGUGACAGUUUACAAGUACAUCAUAAUAGUUCUUAUCUUCCAUCAUUGACUAAUAAUGUAAAUACUUCAUAUUUAACACCAGCUCAAGAAAAUCAUAAUACCGAACUAUAA